UCAUGGCUGACGUCUCGAAAUAUAGACAUUAGAAUAAAAGUAAAAUAAAGUUAUAGCCCUAAUUUGAAAUGAUAAUAGCAUUAUCAAGGACCUGCGCCCGUUAUUCAUCCUAAACAUCUCCUGAAUAUUUCAAGUCUCUAUGGCAACGAGACGUGCACUGCCAGGUGUACGAACGUGCAAUAGCGCAUGAUUUUGCAGAAGUCAAAACCGGAAGUGAAAUUGGGGGAAAGAAAACAAGUUCGUUCGUUCGUUUCUGGGGUUUUACGUCCACUUCCACCUAAGGUGAUAUCGUAGACAAGAAAACAAGUAAGCCGAGAGAAUGUAAAUACAGGUGUUGUUUUUUUGAUUUGGCUGAUUUGUUUCAGUGACAGUGUAAACGAUGGCGGCAGCGAAUGUAGAAGAUGAUGAUACAUUGCCGGUUAAUUUGUUAGAUGCGCUCACAACGGCAGAACAUACGACACAAACGGUUUCCCAAUGGGAUCCAUGUUCGAGCGGUGACUGGGACCAGAUGAAAGCUACACCAGAAUGUUUUACGAGAAUAAAAAGGGAUAUUAUGACAAUUUAUAAGGAACCACCACCUGGAAUGUUUAUAGUUCCAGACAAAGAUGAUAUCACCAAGAUACAUAGUUUAAUAACGGGACCAUUUGAUACUCCAUAUGAAGGUGGAUUCUUUUAUUUUUUGAUUCGAUGUCCUCCUGAUUAUCCUAUCCGUCCACCAAGAGUUCGUCUCAUGACCACUGGAGAUGGGCGUGUUCGAUUUAAUCCAAAUCUUUAUAAAAACGGAAAAGUGUGUCUCAGUAUAUUGGGAACAUGGUCUGGUCCAGCAUGGAGUCCAGCUCUCAGUUUAUCAACAUUGUUAAUGUCGAUACAGUCUGUAAUGAACGAGAAACCAUAUCAUAAUGAACCUGGUUUUGAAACAGAACGUAAUGCUGGUGAUGCUAAGAGAUAUAAUGAUAUAAUCUGUCAUGAAACAAUACGUAUAGCUGUCUGUGAUAUGUUAAAUGGUAAACUACCGUGUCCCGAUGCUCUCAGAGAGGUGAUGGAGAAGUCUUUUCCUAAUUAUUAUGAUUAUUAUGAAAGUAUUUGUGAGUCAUGUAAAAAUAAACAAGGACAAAGUAUGCAGGAUCCAUUUGGUGAAAAAAGAGGAACAUUUGAUUAUGAAUCUUUGUUGAAGAAAUUACGAACAAUAAAAAGUAAUUUAGCUGAGAAAAACAAUUUUUCAGAUGACAUGGAUGAUAGUUCUGACUCUGAUAUGGACACAUCAACGCCUAAUACCAGCUGACAGGCAGUGGACUAUAUCAUAGAAAUGUGUUCUUGUUAUAUCCCAUGAACCAGGCAAGGGUGAUUUGAAAGACUUUUUACAGUAUAUUUUAAUAUCUUGACAUAAAUCAUGUGCCAAUUCUCCAAGUCCCUUUUCACCAUUACGGAACCAGGGAAGAGAUGGUGAUAUUAAGAUGACUUUGUAUUUUUGGAUUACUGGUGUAUAUAAGUAUGUGUUAUAGAUAAAAGAAAUUAAUGAAUAAAUAAUCUGGUUUAAAGCAUGAAUUAUAUAAUAGCACUCAUUUAAUAUUGAGCCAUGAAAUUAAUUAAUACAAUCUGUGUAUAGAUUACACAUACAAUUUCAAAGUGAUUAAUCAUUGGGUACCGAGCAAAUAAUACAUAUUGGCAUAAUCCUAAAAAGAUUUUCCAUUCAGAUUUUCUUUCUAAAGUGGAUCAGUAAGGUUUUAUAAAUUUUUAAACUGCAAAGAUUAUGAUUUAUUUAAAAAUCAAUGAUCUCUGCAGAUCUCCAGCAGAUAAUUAUGAAUAAAAGAUAUAGACAUUAAAUAAAUAAAAAACAAUAUACAAGCUAUGUUAAACACUGCGGACAAUAAGAUUACUGUCUGCUGAGUGUUGAAUCUGUGCUGGACCUAGUAUUAGUUGCCAGGUCUUCCAGUGUUCAGCCAAUCGGUUAACAUCAGCUUGCUGCCAGUAUAAUGAAAGGCUCUUUAUAAAUAAUGAUUUAUGUCUUAUUUUACCGACAAUUUUAGUAUUAUAUUUAUUUUAUGGUUGAGUUAAAAGUGUGAAAAAAAAAAAUAACGGUGAUCAUUUAUAUUUCAUAAUAGCUAAACAUCUCAAUGUUUCUGUAAGAAACAUGCCAUAUUUCACUUCUUGUCUCACUUUGAAAUUUAUUGUUAAGAUGAAUCUUACUCUUAGAAGAAGAAAUUAAUGCAUAUUGUGGUCAUUAUUAUCAAUUUUAAAAUUUAUUACUUAUUUUUCAAUAUUUUGUUGACACAUGUGUUAAGGAUUGUACUCAUAGCUAUUGUUCAACAGGCUUGUUAUUUUUAUUUAAUUUUUAUUGUCCAUACUGCAUAAUUAGAAAAACUUUCUGAUGGACACUGAAAAAUUCUAUUUGUAAAUUCAGUCAUAAUAUUUAUUAGCAUUUGAACAAGUAUUGCACACAUGGCCGAUCAAUAUGUAGUUUAUUCACUAUAAGUAUAUAUAGGAAGGGUAUGGCAAUUUAUUUGUCCAAAUUUCUGUGUAAAAAUUUCAUUAUUGAUGCAUUAUGUAUGAGUGGAUUAGACAAUGUCUGACUUUAUUAAACGUUAAAAUGGAAUUUGAGACUUAUUGUAGCAACAGUACUUGACAAUCUAGACUAUUUACACUAUUUCUUAUCUAAACUUUCAUAACUUUGUUCAGUAAUUUGACUGAAAUAUAUUCAUUUUUCAUGAUCUAUUUUUAAACUAUUAUAUAUCACGAACUUCCAGCUCUUUAUCAAAAUUAUUACACCUUUAAAAUUAUGGAAACAUAAUGUGGGAAUAUCCCUAUGAUCACAAUCUCCAGUCUUUUAUAUGCGAACGCUUGUAGUUGUACUACUGGACUAGAUUAUUGUAUGUAGUUGUUAUAUAUUAUAUUGUUAAUAAUAAAAGAUACCAUUAUAUUAUUGUCUGUGAUUCUAUUAUUGUAAGCAAAUCUCUUUAAAUUAUAUCUUUUAUAGUAACCAUUGAUAUACUAAUAUGUGGGUUUAAGUAUGCAAAUCAAAUAUUAAAAUGAAAAGAAAUAACCAAUUUUUAGCUCAAUAUAUUCAGCUGUUUGGAAAUGAUUGCCUGGAUAAGAAUUUUAAGCAAUUGCUUUGCAUGUUAGCAAGCUUUUGCAAAGACAUAACAGCAGCUGCAUGUUUGGAAGCAUUGAGACGAGUCCGAAUUAAACCCAGGCGUCAGAAUUAAACCGUUCAAAUAAUUAUCACAGAUCUUCAGAAAAUGCAUAAAUCUGUCUGAAAUUCCAAUUGACCAGUUUUAUUCACAAAAAAUAUCUGGGACGGCUCCUGGUAUGUAGUUUAUUUAGUGACUGAAUAAUCAUUUUCAUUAAGUCAUCAACAACAUCUCACAUGUUUCAAAUUUAAUUCAAGUGAAGAAAUUAUAUAAAUGUCCUUCUACUUUCUAUAUCUGUUCAUGUAAAGAAUUUUAGGGGGGAAAAGGUUUGACAUAUCAGUCGGAGAUGAAUGAGGAUUACUAGAUUGUGGCCAAACGAUCUAUUAGCAAUAACUCAACUUUUCCUUAAUCUAUUAUAUACUUUAAAUAUUUAGAAUGAAUUAAAUGUAUGAGUCACUAAAUAUAUAAAUAUAAACCAUCAUAAAUCAAAGAGAUUUGUUCUUUUAAUAUGUUAAUAUUGUAUGUUGGAGUUAUUGUUGUCACUUUGAGUUAUUGCUCUUGUCAUCAAAUCUUUCUAAAUACAAGAGAUAUUGCUCUUGCCAUCAAAUCUAUCUAAAUACAAUGAAAUCCUCCUCAAGGACCAUCUCUGUAUUACAGACCACUUUUGUAUAGGACCAUAGUUUAAAAGAAUGUAUGAAAUCUGUUUGGUGGGAUUGUAACUCAGUAAAAAUACCGCUCAACCAUUAAGACCUAUUUAUGUCAGUCCCACACUUGGUCUUAAUUGCUGAUUUCAAUGUAGUUCUACUCCUCAAGGUUUUCUUUGACAGUGCAAUAUCCAAUGACCAACUUUUUCCCUUAACAAAGCUGGUGAUGGGUGAAUUUUCAUUGCUUAGAAAUGUUAUGUUUAAUAUUAUUGAUGGUAGUUUAGUAUAAUACAUUCUAUUGUUAGAAACAUGACCACAAGAAUUGUUUUAAAUUAUGUUAUUCAUUUGUUGUUUAUUUGAUCAGCUUUAUUUAACUAGUCUCUUUAGUUUAGACAUUGGUUUAAAGUUCUUUGCUCAAGGGGGGUUGCAUGGCCGAAUAGUUAGUGCAUGCGCGUUGCAUCAUAAGGUCUGGUGUGGUUUUGAUUCCCCGGUUGUACAUGACAAGGAGUAGGGUCGCCUGUCCAACCUUGUCGGUUUUCUCCAGGUGCUCCGGUUUCCUUCCACUGCUCUUACACGCAAUCAAAUUAUUGAAAUAAAAAUGUAGUACAAUGUUAGUCCUGUAGUUUGUGUCCAGUGGACAUUAUUUCUCUCUCUCUCUGUCUCUCUGCUCAAUUCAACAAAGCAUUCACUGGGCAAAGUUUCUAAAAGGAUUUAUAUUCAGUAUCUCAUAAUAAAUUGAACUGAAGAUCAGCGGGAAUUUUCUACGGUUGAAAAAAAAUUACAGCUUAGGCAUAUGAGAUAUUUUCAUUGGCUCAGAAUUACUAUUCUGAAUAAGGUUUUAGCUCAUUAUGUAGGUCUUAACCAAUAAAAAGAAAGUGUUUGAAAAUGUCUAGUUAUGUCUAUCUAGAAAUAGACCAUUGCUGAUAUUAUGUUAUGUUUGCUGCUUUUCAAUUAUUUUUUUUUGUUUUUUUGUUUGGUUACUUUGUUUCCCGUCAUUUGAUUUAUUUUCAUAAGAUAUGAAAAUUGGUUUGGAAAUCUUCGUAUGAUUUAAAUAAAUCCAUUCCGAUGGCUAGUGAACUCAUGGCUACACGAUUGGAAAGUAGGCCUAUAUAUAUAUUUACUGCUAAAUAUUUGAAUUGUUAGCCAAAUGAGUUUGGUAAACUAUAGUUUGCCAUCAUGUCAUAUGCAAUCUAUGACUAUCUUGUUAUUGAGUGGUUAACACAUGCAAUAUAAAUCAUAAGCCAUGUUAUCUAUGUAAUUCAGGGGUCUGAAUUUGGGUUGGUGUACCAUAACAACAAGGAAACUAAGUUGUGUAAUAAAUUUGAAAGUAUUAUUAGGCAGUGAUUAUUACUGAUUAAUGGUUCAUGAUACAGUUCAGAGGUAACACAACAGAUUUAAUAAAUCAAGUUCAUGGUAGUUAAUGUUUGUUAAUCCAAAGUAGAUAUUGUGAAAGAUAUUUAAGUUUUUGAUUAUGUUAAAGAAUUUAGGGUUUGUUUUGGGUUGCAAUAUUUUUCACAUUGAAUCAUUUUACAUUGACUUGCAUAUAGAAAUAAUGAACCUGGAUACGAUAUGGAUUAUGGAGUGUGUUGCAGGUAAAAAAAAAAAGAUAUUACUGUUAAUGUCUGAAA